UGUGAGGCUGAACUGUCGCUGCUGUGUUACUGUAGUUGUAGACAUUUUGUCGGCUCUGAAAAUUAUGGACGGCAUUAAACUCAGGGAAUGGUAUUGCUGAGGUUGUUUAAAAGCCAAAAGACGUCGGCAGUUAAGGCCAAAUCCGUAUGUAUUCGGGAUAGAGUGACUGCUGAGUUUCCGUCAUGCCUCUGGUGACGCGAAACAUCGAACCACGGCACCUUUGUCGCCAGACGCUGCCAAAUACAAUCAAGAGUGAGCUGGAGUGUGUGACCAACAUCACACUUGCCAACAUAAUUCGCCAGCUUGGCUCCCUUAGUAGGUUUGCAGAGGAUGUGUUCGGUGAACUGUUUGUUCAGGCCAGCUCGUUUGCAGAACGGGUAAACACGCUGGGAGACAGAGUGGACAAGCUGCAGGUCAAAGUCACCCAGUUGGACCCUAAAGAAGAAGAGGUGUCUCUUCAGGCAAUCACCUCCCGCAAAGCAUUCCACUCUAAUUUUAUCCAGGAUCAGCAGCUAUUCAUUAGGGAUUCACUACCCCAGCCUAUCCAAGAGACCUAUUUGACCUGCAGCCAGCCACCCCCCCUCAACAACCUUAGCAUUUACAGGGAAGAUGGUAAGGAGGCUUUGAAGUUCUACACUGAUCCUUCUUAUUUCUUUGACCUUUGGAAAGAGAAAAUGCUUCAAGAUACUAAGGACAUUAUGAAAGAGAAACGUAAACACAAGAAGAGGAAAGAUGACAACCUUAACCGAGGCAACUUCAACCCUCGAAAGAUCAAAACUCGUAAAGAAGAAUGGGAACGCCUGAAAAUGGGGGAGGAGUUUGUUGACCCCAAAAAUAAUGCCAUAAGCUCUUUAGAACGGUUGAAUGGCAGUACUGGCUCUGGUGAUGAUACAGGUUUUAAUAACUCUGAUGGGUAUUUAGACCAAAGCACUGGCUCCUACAGCUAUGAUCCUGGCUCUCCACUCCCACCUCCAAUGCAAGAAGACUUCCCACCACCACCACCUCCAGACAUGCCUUAUCAUGAUGGACAAUCUGGUGCUGUGCCCCAGAAGCGUAGUAGUCUUUUAAGCCCCAGUCAUCCUCCUCCUGCUCCACCAGCCAUGGCUACCUCUCCCCCAGGCCGUCCAACUGUGGCCCCCCCUAUGGAACCCCCUCCACCUCCACCUCCUGGUGGGAUGGUCCCACCUCCACCUCCUCUAGGAUAUGAUUCUCCCCCUUCUCCUCCACCUAUAUUCUCCAACAAUAUUGCUUCCAUCCCACCUCCACCACCCAUGGAAGCCUGUAUUCCAGCUCCGCCUCCUCCACCCAUGUCAGGUGGACCACCUCCUCCUCCCCCUCCUCCUCCUCCCCCAGGCCCUCCUCCUCCCUCUGCUUCAGGCCCACCUCCCUCAGGAGGACUUCAUGCCUCCACCACACCCAAAGCCCAGCCUGCUCCAGCCGCGAGUGAUGGACGCAGUGACCUUCUUGCAGCUAUCCGUCAAGGAUUUAACCUGCGUAAAGUGGAGGAACAAAGAGAGCAGGAGAAGAGAGAUCACAAUGGCAACGAUGUUGCAGCCAUCCUGUCCCGCCGCAUUGCUGUGGAGUGCAGUGACUCCGAGGAUGAUUCAUCCGAGUUUGAUGAUGAUGAGUGGUCUGACUAAAGCUAUCAUCCCACUCCUCAUCACCUGUUAUGACCUGUUAAGAUCAUUCCAUUUAGACAUCACACUUCUUAUACCCGUUUACCUUCAGUGAGGCCAAAAGCAAAGCAAGGAGGAGAGUGCCAAAGAUUGUGUCCGUGUCCAGAGUCUGUUCUAAAUGAGACCGUGAAUUAUUUAGUCCAUUAGCCUUCUCCUGUUUCAGUUCCUGUACCUCUGUAUAAUGUGGCCAAAGUAAGGUAAAUUGAGACUGUGUGUGUUUAUGUGUGUGUUUCAGUGUGUUUGUGUGUGCACUUGUGGGUAUGUGCUUCCAUAUUUCUUUUUAUACAUCAGUAUCGUAUCUGUAAAAAUCCCAAAUGGAUUAACAUUUCUCUGUAUUAACUAUCACAUUAAGCUUUCCUUACUAGGAUAAGACACACUCUAUUAUGCAGACAUUGAAAAAAUAAAAUACUAGCAGUUUUUGCAUAUUGCAGGUCUUGCAGGAUGAUAUAACUUGUUGUCUUGGCAAUAUUGCUUUAAAUUGCAGUACAUGUUCACAGAUUAAGAAACAUGAACACUCCAUGAUCGAAAGCCUUUAAACUGUUUAAAUGGCAUCCAGGUAUCUCUAAACUGCAUUAUUCCUGUCUUUGUCAUUGCAACAAUGUGUGGCCCUCAAUUCUGAAUGAAUGAUGUUUCUGUCAGCCAAACAGUCCUAUGUGCAGUUUUCCUUAGUUCAUCUUGUACUUCCUAAGUGCCUGCUUCUUUCAUAAUUCAAGUGCCUGUUGUUUUAAUGCCAAAAGUUUUAGAAAUUUUGCGUGAUUUUGAAAUCAAAGAGAAGUGACAUUGUUUUAUUUGAUGUGUGGGUAAUAAUACCAAGGUUUUUCUAUAAGCAAUUUACUGAAAUAAAGAUCUUAAAUAUA